AGACUAACAACACACAAACAAAAAGUUAUAUACGAAAACGAGUGUGGGGCAACAAACAGUUUGUAGUUUAGUUUUCAGGCCAGUGUGACGUCAGUCCGGCAAAAAGGCGAAUGAAAAUCUAACGAAUUUCCCCAGAAGGAAAUUCAAGAGUGUGCUAGUGUGUGUGUGUGUGUGUGUGUGAGUGUCGCCAAAAUGUCUGCGGAUAACCAUGCUGAAUCCGCUGCCGCCAUGUCAGCAGCUUCAACGGCAGCCGCCUCCUCGGAAUACCUGAAACGCACCUGCCUCAUUUGCGGUUGCCAUACAAAUCAAACCAUUAACAUCUAUGAGCCACGCUCAGGACCAAAUAUUGUGCAAUUAAUUCAGGCGAAAUUUAAAUUUCAGCCCUUGAAUGAGGAUAAAUUUCUAUGCUUUAGCUGCAACAAUUGGCUAAUCAAUUGGCAUUCCUUGCAAUCCAGUUGCAGCAAUAGCAACGAUGCUGAAUCCCAAAGUCAUAGUCCAUCGCAUAUGGGCAAUAGCAGUGCAGGAGGACUGGUACAGGAGCAAGGAGUGGUAGCCAAAGUACGACCCGUGGCCCAAGUGCGUCCACAAAUCAGACAACAAGAACAACAACAACUGCGUAGCCCAAACCAAAACCUCUCGAAUGUGCCCAUGGCUGCCAUAAGCUAUAGCAAACGAAGAUCCUCAAAUAAAGUGUGGGAGAAGGUCAACAGGAGUCCAAAAAGUAAAACGCUACAACCGAGACCAAGAAGAUGUGUUGUGCCAAGGGCACGCCAGGACAAGGGAAUGUCAGUGGCACAAGGAACAGUGGCGGCAGCAGCAGCACCAGCAGCUCUAGUCAGGGAUUCAUUUCCAGUUAACCAAAGAUGGGCCAAGCCCACAGUUGAUGGCAAAGUGGUGGCCAUGUUUCGACGCUUGGGCACCACACUUAGCCGGGAGACAGAGGAGAAGGAGCUGAAUGUACGUUUACCUCGGAUUAUGAGCCCCACCAAGCCACGUCCACGUUGGUCAAGGACAUUGGACGAUGAUGAGAUUUUAUUGGAAUUCGAUAGUGUCAUUUCGGAAGUUCUGCCAUCGCCAGAGACCACAAGAACCACGACAACCACCACCACCAACAACAACAACUCUACCACAAAAUCCACCGCCAGGCGUUGCCUAAGCUAUCCAAUUUCUGAAAGGAAAGAGGAAGCGGAAAAGGAACAGGAAGCGAACUGGAGUGACCACAAAGAAAGUCACAUGAAAAUUUCCCACCAAGCGGCCAUACAAUUACAAAAUCUUCGAUUACCCCAAGGACUUAGUAUUUCCUUGGCCUAAAGAGGACCUACCCCCUCCGCCCCCACUUCCUCACAAAAGCCCCUCCUACUACCAUAUAGAACAAAAAACUUAGUCAAAUUGUAUGCACAAAAAAACAAAUGAAAUACCUAAUAUAAAAACAAUUAUAAUGCAAGCAUUAGUUAAUAUUUAUAGUACCUCAAAAUCACACAAACAAACAAAAACAAA